UCGCCGAGCUCCUUCCUGUUGGCGCGGCGGCGGCGGCGGGGCGGCGGGAUGCGGUUGUCGCUGGUGGCCGCGAUCUCGCACGGGCGCGUGUUCCGGCGGCUGGGGCACGGCCCGCGCUCGCGCCUCGACCUGCUGCGCAGCCUGGUGACGGCGCUGGUGCGGCACGAGCGCAUCGAGGCGCCGUGGGCGCGCGCCGACGAAAUGCGGGGAUACGCGGAGCGGCUCAUUGACUACGCCAAGCGCGGGGACACGGACGAGCGCGCCAUGCGCAUGGCGGAUUUCUGGCUGACGGAGAAGGACCUCAUCCACAAGCUGUUCAAAGUGCUGGCGCCCCGAUUCCAGCCGCACCCCGGCAGCUACACUCGCAUGUUGCACAUCCCCAACCGGGACAGCGUGGACCGUGCCAAGAUGGCUGUGAUCGAGCUGAAGGGGAACCCCUUCCCGCCGCUCAUCCGCCCGCGUCGUGACAGUGAGAAGACGCUGCUCAACCAGCUGCUGAAGGGCUACCGGGAGGAUGCCCAGCACACUGCAGGCCCCUGAGGGCACUGUGUGGGCAUCCUCCUGUGCUCCAGGGAUGUCCCAUGUGGGCAGCAGGAUGGGGCCUGGGGUGAGCUCACGUCCUGGGGCAGGGCAUAUGCUGCCCUCCUGGGGCACAGGGCAGGAAGGUGUCCUGGGAGGGCUCAGGAUUUAUUGGUAGCCUUUAUGAUCAUAAUAGGGGCACAAGCUCAAGGUUUACCUUGCUCUUCCUGUGAUUUAGCAGCAACUCAGCAAGAGAAGGAAAUCAAGCUGCGAGGCCUAGUGACUGAUAUUUUCUGUGUAAAUAAACUACUUUGAAAAGUGA